UGAUGCUCGUAGUCAUAUCAACCUUUAUCAAGAUCCAGACUACGAUAACGUUCUGCUUCUUCUUUGUGAGAAAAGAAAUCUUGAAAGUAGUUUCAAGAACAAAAAAAAAUGGAUGUGACCAAAGAGUUCGACUCUUACAGUGAGCGCAAAGCUUUCGACGAGACAAAAGAAGGUGUGAAAGGUCUCGUUGAUGCUCACAUCACCGAGAUUCCUCGUAUAUUCCGUCUCCCUCAAGGUACCUUAUCUGACAAGAAACCUUUUGUCUCUCCCCCGGAUUUCGCCAUCCCUAUCAUCGACUUUGCAGACGUCCACGUCACGCGUGAGCUCGUAGUUGAGAAAAUCAAAGAAGCUGCAGGGAACUGGGGUUUUUUCCAGGUGAUCAAUCAUGGUGUUCCUUUAGCCGUUCUUGAAGAGAUCCAAGAAGGAGUUCGAAGGUUCUUUGAGCAAGAUCCUGAGGUUAAGAAAGCUUACUUCACUCGUGACGCAGCCAAGAGAUUUGUAUACAAUAGUAACUUUGAUCUGUAUAGUUCUUCUUCAUGUCUUGGCUGGAGAGAUAGCUUCGCUUGUUACAUGGCUCCUGAUCCUCCAAACCCUGAAGAGCUCCCUAUGGUUUGCAGGGAUGCUAUGAUCGAACACACGAAGCAUAUGACGAGCUUAGGUGUUUUGCUCUUUGAACUCUUGUCUGAAGCUCUUGGUCUUAGCUCUGAUAAGCUUAAGAGCAUGGAUUGUAUGAAGGGUUUCCUUAUGAUAUGUCAUUAUUACCCUCCAUGUCCUCAACCUGACUUAACCAUUGGUACAAAUAACCAUUCAGACAACUCUUUCCUCACGGUUCUUCUUCAAGACCAAGUAGGUGGCCUUCAGAUUCUUCAUCAAGACCAUUGGGUUGAUGUCAAACCUAUUCCAGGGGCUCUUGUUAUCAACAUAGGAGAUUUCUUGCAGCUAAUAACCAACGACAAGUUCAUAAGCGCAAAGCAUAGGGUGCUGUCCAACAGAGAUGAAACGAGGAUUUCAGUGGCGAGCUUUUUCAGCACGAGUAUGCUUCCAAAUGCAACUGUUUAUGGACCAAUCAAAGAGCUUCUCUCUGAAGAAAACCCUCCAAAAUACAGAGAGUUUACUUUAGAAGAAUAUACAAAAGGUUACUUUAAAAAGGGUCUUGAUGGAACAUCUCAUCUGUCCAAUUUCAAGAUAUGAAAAAAAAGAAUGAUACAAAACGUCUGGUUUCGUUGUAACUUGUAAAAUAUAUUUGUGUAUUUCAUGCAUAUCUAUUGUGUCUGUCCUUGUCACAUUAUCACUUCUAUAAACUAUUUGUACCAAAAUGAACUUUGGAUAAGAUCUAAAGCUUCAACCUUUAUUUACUUAUUACCA